CCCAGCAUGAUGGUGUACCUAUGGGAGGAUGGAGGAGGCAUCAUAGCUAUUCUCUGAAGGGGCCCACAAUUACCAAGCCACUUCAGGAGUCCAUCUGCUCCUGUUCACCCCAUGGAUCUGGGGAAAAUGGGAGCCACUGCCCCAGUGUGACCUUCCUCUAAGGUACAACAAAAUAAAAGACCACCCAUCCCACUCCCUCAGACACCUCCCAGUAUGGAUGGCUUGGUUGAGCAGAACAGUGUGCUAAUGCACAAUAAGAUCACCGAAGCUGGGAAAAGGAAUGGUUUAAUUAAUACAAGGAACUUAGUGGCAGAGAGCCGAGAUGGUCUGGUCUCUGUGUACCCAACCCCUCAGUACCAGAGUCGCAGAGCAGGGAGCCUUUCAUCUCCAAGCUGCCUGGAGAAUGGCAGGAAUGACCCUGUGCAGCAGCUCCUGGACCCCAACAUGCUGCAGCAGACGGUGGAAUCUCACUACCGGCCCAACAUCAUCCUCUAUUCGGAGAAUGUGCUGCGCUCGUGGGGCGAGAGCAUCAGCUCAGAGUGCUGUGAAACCACCUUCAUCGAGGACCGAUCCCCUGCCAAAGACAGCCUGGAGUACCCGGACAGCAAGUUCAUCGAUCUCUCAGCAGAUGACAUCAAGAUUCACACCCUCUCCUACGAUGUGGAGGAAGAGGAGGAUUUCCAGGAGCUAGAGAGCGAUUACUCAAGUGACACUGAAAGUGAAGACAAUUUCCUGAUGAUGCCACCAAGAGAUCACCUUGGCCUCACUGUGUUCUCCAUGCUCUGCUGCUUCUGGCCAUUGGGAAUUGCUGCCUUUUACCUGUCUCAUGAGACAAACAAAGCAGUAGCCAAGGGGGACUUCCACCACGCAAGCUCCAGCUCCCGGCGAGCACUCUUCCUGGCUGUCCUGUCCAUCACAAUCGGAACUGGCAUCUACGUUGGGGUGGCUGUGGCUCUUAUUGCCUAUCUCUCCAAAAACAAUCACUUAUGAGCCUCAGGAAAGGGAGAGAACCAGCCACCCGGCGCCUGCACUGCAGACCUCCCCAGCAGAUCAGACUGCAUGAUUUUCCAAAAAGCUCAAGAGACAAACAAACACCUUUUGGGGGCAGGUACAGGGUAAGAUGGGCUUGUGCUUUAUUGUAGGGUGGGAAGUUGGCUGUGGUUGGGAUAGUUCUACCAUCUGUGAUGCACAAGUCUUGCUUCUCUUCAUGAGCCCCUGAAUAAGAAAGAAAGAAGGAAAGAGAGAAAGAGCAAAAGAAAGAAAGAAAAAUAAAAGAAAGAGAGAGAGAAAGGAUAAAAAAAACAACCUCAGCAGGAAGGCAUUUGGGGGAAGUAUGUAGGGGGGUGUUUUGCCUUUGCCUUCUUUGCAAUAUGGUGUUUACAAGAAGCUGGCAAACUGGGCUGUUCUCUUAAUACCUUCUUGAUCACCUGAACUUUACAGCCAGCAUGAGCUUGUGCUUAGUUUGCUUGUUAAGCACAGCACUGAGAUCUGGGAAAGCAUGGACUGUGGCUGGUUCUCUGAAAGAGCAAUAUAACAACAGGAAGAAGAUGCUUUCUUUUUUUUUAAUGCAGGACUCAUUUGCCUAAGGGUGAAGCAGAGACCUCAGCAUAGAAUGGUAUUGCCUACACUUCUUGUGUGGGUAGGUCUCCAUGGAAAGAGAAAAGGAAAUAAAAUAUUUCUUUCCUAUCCUUGUUUUUGGAUUAAGAUGUGACCCACAAGCCCACCCAGUGCAGAACAGCUGAGGUUGCUGCAUGACUUGACUCCACAGACUGUGUGAGGUAAAAGUAGCAUGGGAUCCAUUGUGAAAAGAAUUCCUCCAUGCAGUCAUUUCAUAAUAAUGGCACAUUUCUGUGGCAUAUUGCUCAUCUGGGUUGCUCUGCCUUACUGUGGAAAUCUGCAUAGCAGUCAAUGCAAGAAACCUGGAGGAAAAAAAUGCAAACUGAAAUACUAAUAAAUUUUAAAUUAAAAAUCAUGGUAAAUCACGGGAUUUAACCAGGGGAAAGAAUGCUUCAUACACAUUUCUGAGGCACUGUUCAUACACAGAGCAGUGAAGGAGACCACUUAGAUUACAAGCUCACAGCUCAUCUGUGGACCAGGGACACAGCAUAGCCGUGGAGAGACAAGCAUGUCCCUUGAUAAGCUUCAAAGUGGUAUAAUGUAAGGGAACUGAGCAUUGUCCUUACUUCAUUGACUGAAAUGAUCCAUUUAUUUUCUUCUUUACUCCUUCCCUACAAUCACCACUUUUUUUUUUUUUUUUCCGCUUUUGGUCUUACAGAUAUACCAUUUAAUUCCAUCAAGGGUGUAUCAGCAUAGAUAUAUAUAUGUAUCUACGUAUAUAUAUAUAUUUAUAUACAGAGAGAGAGGAAAAAACGAUCAAAACAAUAAGCAUUUUAUUAUUCACUACCUUGUGUUUUAUAAAUAUAAUUUCCUUACCAAGGAAUGUAAUCAAAGACCUUUUUUUCCAAUGCUGUAUUGUGUCAGCUUUGCUCUGGGACAAUUUUUUCUUCCAUUCUGGGGCUGGCGUUAUUUUGGUUUUAACUUCAGUGUUUUUAUUUUAGGGGGGAGGAGGACAAACACAUCCAAAACUAUUUUUCUGCUAGUUAUACAGUUUAUUAAAACACAUAGUAUACAGCUGCUGAUGCUCCGUGUGGCACUUUGUUUGGACAGAUGUGAAGCAUUAGGCUGAGUGAAAAUUUUCUCAGUACCCUGAGUUCAACUACCUGAAGAA